AAAAUAGACGAGGGCUCAUGAAAAGGAGCACUAGGGCAAGCAGUAGGAGUUUAUCUUCUGAGGGCGACUCGUCCUCAGUUGAGAAAAAAACAACCUACCAGAAGAAAAAAGGCAAGAAGCUUCCUCCUUUAUGUGAGCCUACUCAGUGGGUGGCAAUUUUACCGGAAGGAGCUAAAAAUUCUAGAGGUGGCUAUACCUUUAUACCUCUUGUCGAUCCUAAAACAGGGUCUGAAAGGCAGUACGUGAUUAGCGAGGAGAAGCAUCAAAUAUAUGAGGCUCAGAAAUGUAGCGACGAGCCACGAUCGUGGCUCAUAGGUGAUACUGUACAGACAGAUGGAAGUUUACUUAUUUCCAAUCCCAUGGAUCCUCUGUUCUUGGCCCUUCCAUACCUGACAAAAGCUGCAAAGGCUGGAAAGUUUACAACACUGGAGGCGAUACUAGAUGAUCCCACACGUGGGAAUAGUUCACUGCUUGAACAAUACGUCUCGUCUGAACAGUGGAGACAUAUCUGUGACGUGAAGGAGCUGCCUGGUGAGGUCUUCGUGUACAGAUACAGCCAACCCAAAACUAUCAACUGGCUUAGAAAAAAGGUUGAGGCACUUUCAGCUGAACUACAAUCUCAAAACGUACACGUUGGAUCAGGCUCUGUCAGUGCGACACUAGUCAAGAGCCUGAAGAACAAUUCCGCGAGCAAAGAGGACUAUCUCGUAUAUGCGUGUGGGAUGGUGUGCGAAUACUUGGAUGAAAGGUUGACUACUGUGCUAUCACAAGAAUACAGUAUUAAGGAUGUUACUAAGAGACCACAACAACAUACUAUGAACCAACCACCAGCAAAGAGACAGAGGACGGAUAGCGUGGACUCUGGCCUGUUUUCCCAGCAGAGUAGUCUGGAUGAUGAGUAUUCCUCCCAACAACCCAGUGGCCAGGAGCUCUCUGCUACAGCCAGCCGUAGUGGUGGUGGUAAUAGCGGACCACUGGAGGACUAUACCAAGUGUAACACUUCUCUACCGCCAGUUGCCCCACCAGCUAAGAAACUGUCUCAGGCACAGAAGGCACUCGCAAAGGCAGACAAAAAAGGAAUGAAGUCACUUUCCAGCUUUUUUGGGAAAACCAAGACGUGAUUACAAAUAAAAACACCACUCAUAGUUGUAUACCAGUGUAUAAAAAAUAUAUAUUGCACACACAGCGCAAUAGUGUCAUUGAUUCACUGUUUUAAAGUUAAAAUUGACUGAACAGGAUGACAAUGAUUCCCGCGGCAAGAACAUCGUCUUCAACGUCGUCUGGAGCUGUGAACUCGAGGCGUUUUUCGGGGAUGCUGAAGCCCAUGAGCCUCAUGAUGGGGUAGAGGGCAGAGUCAUUGAAUGGCUUGUCGUCUAUAAACACGUGCCUUCCCACGCCGUUCGGGGUGUGCUUUAUCUGGGAAUAAGACAAUAAGAGACUAUCAAGUAGUGAAGUUAAACCUGAAUAAAUAUAGACUGUCUUAUGUAUGAGCAGAACCAAGUGUUCUGUAUAGAGAGGUGUCCUUUGACCAAAGGGUCCUUUUUCAGAGUUUCACCAUCGAAGUACACAGUUGGGUAUCUUUGUGGCCUUACAACAUCUAGUAGAAGGUCCCGUUUAUCUUUUUGAAGCUCGCAGAUCAUCUUCAUCACGUGCUGUGGAAACUCUUAUAUUAUAGUGAUGAAGAAAAGUUGAGUUAUCGACAAGACAGAGAAUUUGUUGUACUAUAUACC